AGAACAAGUCCAAGAAGACGGUCCAGAAGAGGUAGAAGCAGAAGCUGAAAAAGCAAACGAGUAAGCCCGCUGCCGUUCUGCUUGGAUUGGGGAAGACGUUCCUGCUAAUUCUCAGUUGUCUUGGCCAGCAUCGCCCCAACCUUCAACCUCCGACCUCUGACCGAGGAUUCUGACCGAGGAUUCUGACCGUGGUUGAACUCGCGUGAACCCAAGCCAUUAGAGCCCGACCGACCGAGAAGAAACAAUAUUACAUUCGUCUUCAAUCGUGAGAGUGACGUCUGUUUGACAAAAGUUUCCGUGUGAAACGCCAGCAGCUGUUGCUUCCUACGCUUCCUUGGAGGUCCUACUUGCCUAGGCGCCCCUGCCGCCUACCUCUUCCUCUCCUCCCGCUCCUCCAUUGUCAUCGUCAUCGCCACCAUCAUCACCAUCCUUGGCGCCGUCGUCGUCGUCGUCGCCCGCGACUCCCUCAUUAUCACCCCCUUCUCCACUCUGAGCCUCUUCGAGCUGUCAGCCUCCAUUUUAUUGCCUUUCGUCCCGGAGAACCAUCACGGGGUCAUUAAGUCUAGCCCAGUUCAUGGUCUAGCACGGGUGCCACUCAACCGUUGAAUUCAAGCUGGAGAUCCUGGAUUCCACGGAUCUCUGACCCACGUGUGUCCCCCGAACCCCACACAUAUGGAAACAGGUGAUCCCGGCGCCAUCGUCGCUUUUGUCACCAUCCCCCGUUUGGAUCCCUCGGUCCGAGGGCUCCGCGAAUGUGGCCGUGAUCCAAACUUCGACGAGCCCGGUUAGUAGGAGCCGACGACCCUUUGCUCAACCGACCGGCUGCCGCGGCCGUUGAUUGCCCGUUCCCGCAUACAUCGACAUACAUUCGACAUACAUCCAACCAUAGAAAAGGACAUCCAAGUCAGUGCUUUGGCUAUUCCAAGCUGAAGGAUUAGAGAGGACGUUUCGAGCCAGCCUUCUAAAGAGAAAAGAGAGCGCCUAGACACAAUAUCGACGUAGUCAAUCAGUGCUGUGAUCUUCAAUCUAAUCAACCUUAAAUUCGCCGCAAAAGAAGCUCAUCCCAAAAAUUGAGUGGUCUUCAUCUGAGUUGCCAUACUUACAUCCACUUGCAUCCACUCCCUUCAGCUCAGCCUAGCUUAGCUGACAAGCACGGUCAACUGAUACCGCGCGGUUCCCCUCCAUUCGUCGAGGUUCCCCUUGUGGAACCUUGCCCCCGACCGUCACCACGACGUCCAACGCCACUUCUCCCACCAAGCACCAGUCGUCGCCCGUGGCUGCUGCUGGUGGGGGAGCUUUACCUAGCAACAUGACGGGCAGUAAGAUCAUUCGGCCGGCACCGGCCGUGAUCGAAUGCAAGAAUAUGCGCUUCCUUAUCACGGAGCAACCCCAGGACUCCACCAUACAAAACUACAUCAAGAUCUUGAAGGAAAACAAGGUGACCCACUUGGUGUGCGCCACCGACCCGACCUAUCGAACCGAUGAUCUCGCCGCUGUGGGGGUGAACUUCACAGAACUUUCAUUCACAGAUGGCUCUCCACCCACAUCAGAGAUCAUCGAGAAAUGGCUUAUGCUCCUCAACAAGGAGUUUUCCAAUAACCCAGAAAUGUGUGUAGGAGUUCAUUGCGUGACCGGCUUAGGUCGUGCGCCGGUGCUUGUCGCCAUUGCUCUCAUCGAGCUAGGCAUGAAGUACGAGGAUGCUGUCGAACUGAUCCGCAAGAAGCGUCGAGGGGCCAUUAACAGUCGACAACUGGAGUUCUUGGCCAAGUACAAGCGCAGAAAGUAUUUUGGCAAGGACAAGAACAAGUGCCUGAUCCAGUGAGAACACACACAGCAAACAAACAAACAAACAAACAAACAAACAACAACAACAGGAGCAAAAUAUUACAACCAACCAAUCACCAUCCUCUUGUCCCUUCCCGUUCAAUUGUCAAUUGAAGUUGCAUCCUAUUUAUACAGCCAACUUGUACGCAAACAAAAACAAGAACUGAAAGUUUUUCCUAAUCAAUUUUUUGAUGAACAUGAACAAGAUCAAUUGACUCAUGCCAGCCGAAGAUAGUAGCGGAGCGAAGAGCAGUCCAUGUCACGGACGGCCUGGCAGGGCGGGACUUGCGAUUGGUUCCCUGCCCGAAAUUGCCACAAUCACUUCGUCAUUUGAUCUGACCUUUUUAUAAACCGCCCCCAAUCCAACAACCCCGGCACCAGGCCAUCACAGCCCGGGCUGUUCUCCUCCUUUCUCAGUGUGUUUGUGUCUGAGUGUGUGCGACCAAUAAUUCAAGCACACAUCUACCAUAUUUAGUAUCAUGGUGAUAAAUCGAUGAAGAUUAUAUAAUAUACUACUACUACUACUACUACCCUCUCUCGUCC